CACUUUUCCAGGCUGUGUUGUAGUUCUCUCUGUAGGGCAAAUUUGCUUUUAGCAAUCGCAUGGUCGUCUUUCAGCUGCCUGUGUGCAGGCUUCUUUGCAUGCCUUUCAGCUACAGCCCAGGCAGCACUGAAGUUUCUGUUGAAGUGCCACUCGAACACACCAAACAGGUCGAUCAUGGAGGCAGCUACAGAGCGGCAGCCAUCAAACAUGUCAUCAAUGGAUUCAGUUGCCAUAUCCAGAGACGCACAAUGCCCUCAUGGGGAACAAAAACAUCUGAGAGAAAAAUCUCAGCAGCAUGUGCCAUUACUUCUCUGGUUCUCCUGGUAGGACUGCUCAUCUUUGUCGUCAUCUUUAUGACUCUCUGCUGGCAGAAUACUGUUGGAGAGGAUGAACUUGAUGACUGCAGCUCCAAAGCUACUGUGGUCACAGAUGAAGCCGUCAUGCAGAGAUGGGGUACCUGGAGGAAUCUCAGUCAAGCCUGGAGUGAAGCAGAGCAAAAAGCCAGAGCGCCUGCACACAUCUACAUGGAGAAACAUCAUUCAGUUGCCAUCUACAUGUACACAAGUGCUAUACUGCAACCUGUCAAACCAAAGAGAGAAGAACAAACUGCAAAACAAAAGGAGACAUUUGAGUCCCGUUCCUUGUUUUCCUCUCUGAGUGAAGCGGUGCAGAUCCUGAAGCACAGUCAAGUGACGUGUCUCAGUACAAGCUACAGAACAGAUACACUCUUAUAUCCCAACAUCUCUAACAAACUUAUUCGCUUCAGCAACUUCAUGUUAGGGUCUGAUUGGUGGAACUCCACAAGGAAUGCUUACUGCUUUGAAGUGUACACAUGUUUUGGUGCAAAUGUGACGCAUUACUCAGCCUUAAAAGAAAUCAACCAGGUGCUUAUCCCCCCCUAUGAAGCAUUCAAAGUCACUGCAAUGGAGACAGAUGUACAGAGAUGUAAAGUCCUCUAUAAACUAAGGAGCAACCUGAAUUGUGUUUACGACAGAGAGAGCAAUAUGUUGCAUCCAAUAUCUGCAAUACCAGUGGAGGGAUUCUGGUUAAUCUUUGGCAUCACUUGUAUGGUUGUUGUGUCUCUUUUGUUUCCAUUUAUCAUUGUGAAGGUGAGAGAAAAUCAUGAGAAAAGGACUGUUUACAACACAUCAUCCAUGGAUAAAAGCAUUUACCAUCUGGGUACAGUUAAGCGAUGAAAGGAAAAACAUAUGAGGUCAUAUAAGCAUUAUCUUUAUGCUCUUAAUUGAAAUAGUAUGUGUUUUAUCCCAAA